AUGGGUGGAGAGAGGCUGUUUCCAAGGAGGAGUCCUAUUCCAUUCCUGUGGUGCUUAGUGGCAGAUAGACUGUUUGAAGAGCUUCAAGGCAAUCAGAUUGAAACCAAAUCUGGAUAUCCAAUGGAUGUCGUGUGCUGUCUGGGGAAAGGACGUCUAUUGGUUAAUCCAAACAAGACAAGUCUUGUGAUUUUCACCCGCAAGUACAAAGUGGAGAGGCCCGUAUUGGAAGGAGUCAGACUGACUCCCGAAAUGUCAGUCAAGUAUCUGGGAGCUAUCCUGGAUAAAAGACUGAACUGGAAGCUGCACUCGGGACUUCAACCGGACAGGGUGCUCUGGCUAUAUUCAGCGGUGCUCCGACCAAGAUUGCUCUACGCUGUGGUGGUCUGGUGGCCAAGGACACAGUUAGCUGAGGCUCAUGCAUCGCUGGAACGCGUCAGAACCCUCAUUCUAAGAGAGGCUGUGGGAGCAAUGAGGACAAAACCGGUGGCGGCAAUGGGAGUGCUGCUCGACAUCAAACUUCAUCACUAUCCCUGCGAUAGUGGCGGUAGCAGCGGCCACUGCGUUAGGUUGAAGUGCGAGGGUAAAUGGUCGAUUGGUGUGGCUCACACACGGCUACCGCGGGUGCUUCAGAUGGAAACCGUGUUUGAAAUGAGGCAAGACAGGAUGCCAAUAAGGCGCGACUUCGAUAGAUCUUUCAAGAUCUAUCUUCCUAGUCGCGAAGAUUGGGAGAGGCAUGAGAGGCCCGCUGUAAGAAAUGAGGACGUCUGGUACACAGAUGGCUCCAAGACUGACGGGGGCGCCGGUGCUGGGAUCUACGGAGGCCUUAGUGGAGUCAGGGAGGCUCUUCCUUACGGAGAGUUUACCACUGUAUUCCAGUCGGAGGUGGUUGCAAUCAUGGGCUGUGCUCAAACGCUGAUUGCAUCAGAUGAGACGAGCAGGCGCAUCUGGAUCUGCUCUGAUAGCAGGGCGGCCCUGGAGGCGCUGGGGGCAUACGUCUUUGACUCUUAG